GGCAGCAGCAUGGCCGUGGGCUCCGUCAAGAUGCAGCCGCCGUGCGAGAGCCCGGGGCUGGCCUCGGCGGCCCCGGCCGACGGCCCGGGCGCCCGGGAGCCCGAGCGCGAGCCGCCCGCCGCGUCUCUGCGGCCGCGCCUGCGGGACCUGCCCGCGCUGCUGCGGAGCGGGCUCACGCUGCGGAGGAAGCGGAGCGCCGCCGGGGCCCGGACUCUCUCAAGAAGAAUUUCCAACCCAUACCUCGAACAUAGUCCUUCCCAGAUUUAUGGAGAGAAUUCUUCUUGUGCCGGAAGAGCAUUAAGGAAUAUUAUUAUUGUUCAAGCAGCUGACCUGGUAAAGGACAGAGUGAACCUCAAGGGAUUUUACAGGAGAAGCUGUGUGGGGUCCGAGCUGGUGGACUGGCUUCUGGAGCACUGCCCUUUUGUCCAGUGUAGAUCGAUGGCCAUCGGCGUCUGGCAGCUCCUCCUGGAUAUGGGGAUUAUGUCGUCAGUGGACCAACAUGUAUACUUUCAAGAUAAUUAUGUUUUCUACCAGUUUUCUUCGGAUGAAUGCAGCUACGUGUACUGUGAAUUUGAAAGGGAAGAAGAAUGGCAGAAGGGCGUGAGGCUGUUGCUGCAGCUCGUGCAUCUCGUCCCUGCGAGAGCUGGCACCUGUGGCCUGUCUAACCAGAAAGUGGAGGGUGCGGAAGAAAGCAGCGAUGAAAUUCUGGCUCGGCUAACGUCUGCGGUGCAGAGAGAGCUGGCCGCUGUUAUUGCUUUGAAAGCAAGAAAGUCUGUUGAACAAGAGGACGAGAGCACUGACAAGCACAUGACCGUGACAGAGGCUGACGGUGGUCCCGAUCCUCAGGCUGGGGUAAUGUGCAAACUCCAGGAGAGAGACGACAUCGGACGUAUUGAGCUGGUCCAGAAGCUGGCAAGAGAAAACUGUCAGUUUUUACAGACAGACAGAAAGGAUCCGGAGAAGGCAGAACACCAAGAUGACGACGUGCCGAUGGUUCAGGUUAAAGAGCAAGGCCGGAGCGUGUUGGUGCUGAAGAAGGCGGCAGGCUGUGGCCCAGCCCCCAACUCCGGGAGCGCGGAGAGCGAGGCGAGAUACGUGGUGGUGUCCGGCACGCCGGAGAAGAUCUUGGAGCACCUUUUGAAUGACUUGCACCUGGCCGAGGUCCAGCACAAAGAAACAGCGAUGCUCCUGGACGACUUCCUCCUCACGUACACCGUGUUCAUGACGACCGAUGACUUGUGCCAGGCGCUGCUCAGACACUAUUCUGCCAAGAGGUAUCAAGGGGAAGAGGAGAGCUCGGACGUCCCGUGCCGGAAGCGCAAGGUCUUGCACCUGGUGUCGCAGUGGGUCGCCCUGUACAAGGACUGGCUGCAUGAAGACGAGCAAUCCAAAGUGUUCCUGAAGACCAUCUACAGGAACGUGCUGGAUGAUGUGUAUGAGUACCCAGUCCUUGAAAAGGAACUGAAAGAGUUUCAGAAGAUACUUGGAAUGCAUCGCCGUCACACGGUUGAUGAAUAUUCUCCGCAGAGGAAGAAUAAAGCCCUUUUCCACCAGUUCAGUCUGAAGGAGAACUGGCUGCAGCACAGAGGGACUGUGGCCGAAACGGAGGAAAUCUUCUGCCGCGUGUAUGUAACAGAGCAGUCGUACGUCAGUGUGCGGGCAAAGGUGUCCAGUACAGCCCAGGAGAUCCUGAAGGUCGUGGCUGAGAAGCUGGAGCGUGCCGAACAGGACCUGGCGCUGGUGGCCAUCACGUUCUCCGGAGAAAAGCAUGAAUUUCAGCCAAAUGACCUGGCUGUUUCCAAAUCCCUGGAGGCUUCCGGGCGGAUGUAUGUGUACCGGAAAGACCUGGCUGACACUUUGAACCCUUUUGCAGAAAACGAGGAAUCACAGCAAAGGUCGACAAGGAUUUUGGGAAUGAACACUUGGGACGUUGCCCUGGAAUUAAUGAGUUUUGAUUGGAGUCUGUUCAAUUCAAUCCACGAGCAAGAGCUGAUCUACUUCACGUUCAGCAGGCAGGGAAGCGGGGAGCACGCAGUGAACCUCAGCCUCCUGCUGCAGCGCUGCAACGAGGUCCAGCUGUGGGUGGCCACGGAGAUCCUGCUCUGCAGCCAGCUGGGCAAGCGCGUGCAGCUGGUGAAGAAGUUCAUCAAGAUCGCGGCGCACUGCAAGGCCCAGCAGAACCUAAACUCCUUCUUUGCAAUCGUCAUGGGCCUCAACACCGCGUCUGUCAGCCGGCUGUCGCAGACCUGGGAGAAAAUUCCUGGCAAGUUCAAGAAACUUUUCUCUGAACUUGAGAGUUUAACGGACCCUUCCCUAAACCACAAAGCCUACAGGGAUGCAUUCAAAAAGAUGAAGCCGCCAAAAAUCCCUUUCAUGCCCUUACUGCUUAAAGAUGUAACAUUUAUUCAUGAAGGAAAUAAAACAUUCUUGGAUAAUCUCGUCAAUUUUGAAAAGCUGCACAUGAUUGCGGACACUGUCCGGACCCUGAGGCACUGCAGGGCGAACCAGUUCGGAAGUGACGUGUGCCCGAAGGAGCAGCAGGAGCCGAAGUCCUACGUCAACCACCUGUAUGUCAUCGACAACCAGCAGGCCCUGUUCGCGCUCUCGCAGCGGCUGGAGCCCCGGGCCUGAGCCCGACCCCUCGUCCGAGACCACCGCCCUCUGAGAGAGGGACACCUCAGUCUGCAUGCCCUUCCUGUGAGAGGAGAGGUCGCUGAGUUUUAUCAGCGUUCCCGAGAGGCUGCAGGGAGGCGGCCAAGCAAGCCCAGGAAGUGAUGUGAGCCCCAGGAGGUGGAGAGAGAAGACGGGAGCGGAGCAUCCUGGCCGCAGGGCCUUGCUGAGGACGGCGGUUUCCACCCAGUGCAAGGCUCAGCUGGUGUCACGCCAGCGCUAAGGAGAAAACACCUUGAUACGCAGCAGCCGUUUCUGUCCGUUAAGAUUGUGUGCCCAGCAGGAAGGACCGUCUCUGCCGCUCCCCCUGCUGCCAUCAAGAGACCGAGCGUGACUGAGGGCCGUGAGGGCAUCCCAGCAUCCCAGGAAGAGGAGCUAUAAACCGAGCACAGCCCUGGCAGGCGCGUCCUGCUGUGCAUGUGAGUGCCUGGCACAGCCAUCCGCACUCGUUUAGGACGUACGUGCACAGGAAACUGCGUUCCUCACCACCGACACUCCGGAAGCAGGGCAGCUGGGCUCCUCGUUCAGCGGGGACCUGGCCACAUUCGGCCCAGGACUCCUUUGCAUAGAUUCCUGUUAUUGUUGCUGUUGCGUGCAGUUUUCAGGACAGUUGAGAAAAGGUGGGGCCGGGACCGUGGGUGCUCCUACACUGACAGAAUGGCCAGUGUCUGCCUCCCGGUGUGUGCUGGAGCCUCGGUGUUCAGUCAGGCAGCACCAGGCGCCGGCCCACAGACAGGAGGCCGCCUGGGGAGAGGUGAGCGACCCCGAGCGUAAGGAGCCAACAGUUGGGCCUGCUAGACUCGGUCACUGAGCAGAACCCAGAAACGCCUGAAGUCUGGCUUGAGGAGCCAGAGCCCUGCAGUCCACGUCCCAAGCUAAGCCUCGGCUUCCUGCAGCUUGCCCUGUACCGUCUCACUCUUGGAGUUGUCAAGGACUGGGCUCUCGAAAUCCCGAGGAAGCAAACGCCUGUGGCUGAAACGAGCCUGCCCGCCAGCUGGAUGCUAGCCGCUUCGCUGUGUGCACGCCCCCAGCCGAGGGGCUGUGCAUUUCCAGGCGUGAGUAUGGUGUGCCCCUCACCCGGGGCCUGCCCGGUGAGUGCCAGUCCCUGCUCAGUCCACGUCAGUACUGAGGCCUGCGGUGUGCCCCUGAGACCCGGCUGGAAGGAACCGUGUGGGGAAGCUUUGGUAGCGCUUUCAGAGAGACCGCCCCUGACCAGCCCACCCCUGACCAGCGUGGAGAGUCCCAGUUCUGGAGACUCACCCACCUAGAGCUGGUGCCGUCAGAAGCCGUUUCACGGGGCUGAGGGCCAGUAGAUGCGACUAGCGCGGCAAAGCAAGGGAAAACGGGCCUUCCUGGUGUGCAGACAGCUGCGAGGUCUGAGACAACACACGGCACCGCCCCGUGUCUUCCCUCCAGGCCAGCAGCUGGGCUAGUGCCGUCCUGCCAGGCCACUUCGACCCUGUCCGCAUUCUGACUGUACCAGUGUCAGCUCUCCGUUCUCCAGGCUGAACUUUACCUUUAGAACCCGGUGUAGGUGGAGCUGUUUCAGUAGAGCCUCUGUCUAGGCUCCAGCUCAGCUGGGCUCUGCAAGCCACACCUGCACCACGCCCUGCGCCACGCCCUGCGCCACGCCCUGCACACUUAGUCCUGCACCCGAGUGGGAACAGCCCGGGAGCAAAGCGCACGAGGCAGAUGGCAUCUGUUUUCCCACCCUAUCUCUGGAACAUCUAAAAUCUCCAAAUCUUUCUCAACUUUAACACCUGUUCCUAGGGAUUUCUCAGGCAGCAGACUUAGGAACUUCAGAAGCUUUGCAGAGUCUUGAAUCUAAAAUUAGGGGAAACCCCAGAUUUGUCAGGCCCUGGUUGCUCCACAGGAAGCCCUUCCAAGGAAGCAGUAGUGGCUGGGUCCAUGGCAUGGGAAGACCCGGCUCCUUCUCCAGAACCCCCCAGGCCCGCAGAAUGAGCAUUGCUCUCCCUGAAGGUAGACUAAAGAUGUCUACGUUCUCUUCCAAUUCACCUUUGGGUUGUCGUGAUUUCACGAGUCUCCGUUUCCUCCCUAAACCCUGUAUAAUUGGCUUCUUCCUCAGAGAGUGAUGGCUGGGCCUCUUUCUGGUAAGAGUGCAGCCCUCAAGAGGUCCCGUGGGCCUCUGGGUUCCAUGUCUGCCACGCUUGCAUCUUCCUAUGGGUGUCAGAAUGUGGGUCCAUCUAGGGAAACUCACAACUUUCCAAAUAUUUCAAAGGAUUUGCACACACAUUUGCAGAUGUUCUAUAGCCUACAGGUGUGAAACUCACAGUCUGUAUAAUUGCCAAAUGGUUAUGGUAGCACAGAAUUCACCACAUUCACUCUUUUCUAGUACCCUUGACUGCAUUGAGAGUAAAUUCCUUUUCCUGCUCCGACAUCUACAAGCAAGGAGCGUGGCACACAAUGACAACUCACACCUCCUAGCAGACAGGUAUUUCACAGAUGCACACUCGCCUGCGUGAAGAUGGGGCGUGGACAUGCAGCUGCUUGUGUAGACAUCUGGCCCUGGAGCUGGUGCUGCCUAAGUCCCCAGGCCUGUGCUCUUGCCAUAGACAGCACAUCACCGCAAGCCGGGAACCAAGUGGCGCAGCCCGGCCCGGCCUUCCAGAAUCGGGCAGAUCAUCCGUGUGCGGGAGGCAGAGGCUGCUGCAGCUGUGCCGCCCAGGACUGCUCCUCAGCCUCAAAGACACGUCCUUGAAAUUUCAGCCCGGUCGUUACCGAGGGGCCCGGUUUUGCUCUACAGAAAACACAUUUUGAAAAUUGCCAAAAAGUCAGAUGAAAUGUACUAAUGUAUAAAGCAAAGCUGUAUAAACUAAGCCUUUUUAGCAGAGUGAUAUUUAUUUGCACAGCCUAUUUAUUGUAUUUGUAUUACACUGUUAUUAAAUGCCUGGGCAAGGCCUCUUGCCUCUGGCUGUCUCGUUGCUUCGGACUGCUGUGGCGUGUCAGCUGCGGUAACAGAAGACAGAAGGCCGCAGUCCGGCCAUCUCCUAACCUCUCAGGGACCACACCGUGUAGCUUGCCAGCGCUGGGAGAGCUGGUAAACAUGAAGCACUUGUCGAAUUACCAGCCUGCCAUCGACAGGGUUUGCUCUCGCGUUGUUCGUGCUUUCUGCCUCUGUGUACGUAACUGCUGUGUAUUUAUCAAAGUAGGAAGCAAUAAUUUAUAUGUAAAAAUGCCCAAGCAAUAUAAGGUUAAAGCUUACGUAAGUAACCAUUACCUUAUCUUGUAUUUUCAAGUGUUUUUUAAUCUGCUUUUCCAAAUAUAAGACGAUGUUG